CCUGACGUAUUUUCCUGUUUUUCUAUGCAAAAAUGCAUCCUGACUUUUCCGAUGACCCAGUACAUUGUCAGUACCUUAGUGCAUAAAAACAACUUUCCCCACCAGUAGUGGAAAUGGAAACAGGCAAGCAAAACCCUAACUUGCUAUCCUCCUGAAAACUGCCCAAUUGCACAAUCUGGAAAAAUUACAUCUGUGUGGAGAAACGUCUUGAAUUUCUGGAUGCUGUGUUCCGCCCAAGAAGGAUUGUGUAAGAAGGAAGAGAGGAUUUCCUGUCAGGACAUGGUCUGUAUAUAUAGCACCAGCCACGUCUCCCCAGCCGGCCGGCCGUACAGGUAGCUCAGCUUCCCAGGGGCCUCUGCAGAAACCGACAACCAAAGCAGGAUGAAGCUUUCUGUUGGCCUCAUUUUCUGCUUCCUGGUAAUGGGUGUCAGCAGCCAACAGUGGUUAAUAUUCCUCAGGGAAGCUGGUCAAGGGACUAAAGACAUAUGGAGGGCCUAUUCUGACAUGAAAGAAGCCAAUUUCAAAAAUUCAGACAAAUACUUCCACGCUCGGGGAAACUACGACGCUGCUCAAAGGGGUCCUGGGGGUGCCUGGGCUGCUGAGGUGAUCAGCAAUGCCAGAGAGAAUAUUCAGAGACUCACAGGCCACGGAGCGGAGGACUCGGCGGCUGACCAGGCUGCCAAUGAAUGGGGCCGGAGUGGCAAAGACCCCAACCACUUCAGACCCGCUGGCCUGCCUGACAAGUACUGAGCUUCCUCUUCACUCUGCUCUCAGGAUGCUGGGCUGUCAGCCCCUGAGGGUGCAGGGAGUUACUGAGUUCUGGGAACGAGGAAGCUGGUAGAGGGCACACGACAGGUGUCUAAUAAAUACUGAAGAGAUUGAAUCUGCUGAAA